GAGUUAUGAUUCUUCUUUAUCAUGUGCUCAAACAUAAAACGUUACACGCACAACACAACGGCAACAACAGCAACAGCAACAGUCCAACAACACAACAAACAAUUAAAUAUUUAACUAAAAAAUCUAUGGCUCCAAAUUUUGUAAAUUAAUAAUAAAAAUAAUUUAUUUUAUUUUAUUUUUAGUCAAAAAAACCCUGCAUUUUUCCUGUUCAUAUAUUAUCAUUAGUCUUCUUUUUUGUUUUUUUAUUAAAAUUAAAACAUUCUUCUUCAUUUUCUUUCACUUGCAAGUUGCAGCUUCUGAGUCACACUCAACAAGUCCAUGCUACCUUUCAGAUUUCUGAUUCUGCCAUUACCAUCUCUCUACCUGCCACUGCUUUCUUGAGUCUUUUUAUUUUAGAAGGUUUGUGAAUAUUUGUACUACAAAUUCAACUGCAUUUAAGGAAGUGUAAGUUUUUAUCUGGAGGAGUUUCAUAAUCUUGAAAACCAUGAAAGGAAAAAGUCGGAGAAGUGGCGGCACGGUUCAAUUGGAUUACUUGAUUCACAUACAGGAGCUUAAGCCUUGGCCUCCGUCGCAAUCUCUCAAAUCCAUUCGAUCUGUAUUGAUACAAUGGGAGAAUGGCGAACGCUCUUCUGGGUCAACUAAACCUGUUUCCCCUUCAACUGGUGAAGGAAAAAUGGAGUUUAAUGAGUCAUUUAGGCUUUCUGUGACAUUGGUUAAGGACAUGUCUGUUAAAAGUUCCGAUGCUGAAGUUUUCCAAAAGAAUACUUUGGAGUUUAACUUGUAUGAGCCUAGAAGAGAUAAGAUUGCUAAGGGUCAGUUGCUUGGGACGGCCAUUGUAGACUUGGCGGAUUGUGGCAUAAUUAGAGAGACUUUAAGUAUUAGUGUUCCAUUGAAUUGCAAGAGGAACUACAGAAACACGGAUCAGCCACUUUUAUUCGUUAAAAUCGAGCCUGUUGAAAAGAAUCGCAGUAAGUCCACGUUGAAGGACAGUUUGUUGAAGGAGAAUUCCAGCAGCGGUGAUUCUGUAUCGGCAUUGAUGAACGGUGAAUAUGCUGAGGAAGCUGAAAUUGCCUCUAUUACUGAUGAUGAUGUUUCCUCUCAUUCAUCUGUGGCUGCAGUUAUAAAUUCACCCGAAUCGAGUGCGUACAUGCCUCCUGAUCGUGAAGAGAAUGGAACAGCUCAAAAAAAUGGUAGAAAGGACAAUGAACACCACUUGGUUUCAGAAACAAGUGUUGAUAAAUUGAAUAUGAGGCAACAGGAUAUGCAUGUGAAACCCGAGAGGAGUCCAAUAAAUGGUCAUAAUUCUAUGGAAAAUACUCCCAGUCAUGGUUUAGAGACAACCCAAAAGCAAGUUGUUUCUCCUAGUGCCGAUUACUCUCCCAUAUCCUUGGAGGAAAAGUCUAUGAGCAGCUCCAGAAGCAGUGAUCAAGAAAAUUUAGAUCAGAAGAUUCAUGAAAAAGCUGCUAAUGAUAUAAACGCAAUAACAAAUGUUCAAACAAACAAUAACGAAGGUUCUUAUUCAAGCAACACUGCUUCUCUAGAUAGUAAUGGCUUCAUGAGCAAGAAUCCAGGCUCAGUAAACUGUGAUGGUUUGGAAAUCGAGGACAAAUUAAAUGAGCAAUGUGAGGAAUCCGGAAAAUAUUGUGUGAAGGAAGGAGGAAGCGAUGAAUAUUACUAUAAUUCCGUUGAGGACAAGCUUGGAAAAAGCGAAAGGUCGAAGUAUGUAAAGUCUGUAAGAUCAUCAGGAGACUUGGCUAGGAGUGGAUCACUUGGUAGCAAUUAUCAUGCUGAGGUAAAAGAAAACGGCAUUAAUGGAGAUGCUCAAAACAAUGGAGGGAACAUCAGAAGCAGUGAAAGAAAAGACAGUAAGAUUUAUCCAAAGGACGUCAGAAAUAGCAUUUCAGGCGGCAAGAUUGAGCAGUUGGAAAACAAGAUAAAGAUGCUUGAAGGAGAGUUAAGAGAAGCGGCUUCAAUUGAGGCUGCUUUAUAUUCCGUAGCUGCUGAGCAUGGAAGCUCCAUGAGUAAGGUUCAUGCCCCAGCUCGACGACUUUCCAGGCUGUACCUUCAUGCUUGUAAAGAAAAUAUUCCUGCAAGAAGGUCUGGCGCAGCUAAAAGUGCUGUUUCAGGAUUAGUACUUGUUGCAAAGGCAUGUGGAAAUGAUGUACCAAGGUUGACUUUUUGGUUGUCAAAUUCUAUUGUUUUGAGAACAAUUAUAAGCCAAACAAGAAAGGAUGGGGCACCAUCAAAUCCUUCUGGAACUGGUGCAAGAAGGAAGAGUGGAGAAGGGAAUGGCAAGAUAGUACAACCAUUAGUAUGGAAGGGGUUCUCUCCUAAGAAAACCGAAAAUAUUGCAGUGGAAUAUGGAGGUUUUGUUAACUGGGAUGACUCAAACGUGUUCACUUCGGCACUGGAAAAGGUUGAAACUUGGAUCUUCUCUCGCAUUGUUGAAUCUAUAUGGUGGCAGUCUCUGACUCCACAUAUGCAGCUUGUUGAUGCAAAGAUUACUCAUAAGGAUGUUGGUUCUGCCUCAAGUAAAAGCUUUACGAAGACAUUGAGCUCAUCAAGCUCACAUGAUCAAGAGAUGGGAGAUUUAUCACUUGAUAUUUGGAAGAAGGCUUUUAGAGAAGCUUGUGAAAGAAUCUGUCCAGUCCGAGCUGGGGGGCAUGAGUGUGGCUGUCUGUCUGUGCUGCCUACAUUGAUAAUGGAGCAGUGCAUAGCCAGAUUAGAUGUUGCUAUGUUCAAUGCCAUUCUUCGCGAAUCUGUUGAUGACAUUCCAUCUGAUCCUAUAUCUGAUCCAAUUAGUGAUCCCAAGGUUCUCCCCAUUCCACCUGGUAAAUCAAGCUUUGGAACCGGUGCUCAGCUCAAAACUGCGGUUGGUAACUGGUCUAGAUGGCUGACUGACCUAUUUGAUAUGGAUGAUGACGACUCGCUUAAGGAUAAAGAUAAUGAUGACAUUGAUAACAAUGAUGGAAUUGCAUCCUUCAAGGCCUUCCAUUUUCUUAAUGCACUCAGUGAUCUCUUGAUGCUUCCUAAGGAUAUGCUGUUAAGUGCAUCCAUCAGAAACGAGGUUUGCCCAAUGUUUGGUGCAUCAAUAAUCAAGAAGAUUAUAGAAAAUUUUGUUCCAGACGAGUUUUGCCCUGAUCCAAUUCCCACUGAUGUGUUUGAAGCUCUGGAUUCACAGGAUGAUGUCGAGGAGUCUGUCAACAACUUUCCAUGCAUUGCUGCUCCCAUUGUAUAUUCACCUCCACAAGCAACAACGAUUGCAAAAAUUGUUGGGGAGAUUGAAAUUGAAUCUCAGCACAGUCAGCUGAGAAGAAGCAGAUCAUCUGUUGUUAGGAAGUCACACACCAGUGAUGAUGAGCUCGAGGAAUUAAACUCCCCAUUAUCUUCAAUUUUAUUUAGCAAUUCAUCCCAGCCAGUAUCAACAAAACCCAACUUAAAGUGGAAAGAAAGCCGCAAUGAGUCUGCUACCAGAUAUGCACUUCUUAGGAAUGUUUGGAUGAACAGCGAGUGACCUCGCAAAAACAUGAUUUUACCCCUAUCCUGUAACAGUUAUCAGAUGUGGUUGUAAAAAAGAAUAUAUACAAUAGCUUUAGCAGAGUAGUAGUAACAACUAAUUAUUCUUAAAACACGAGACGGUGAAAAUGACAUGUAAAUAAUAAAAUUGAGCUUGUGCCUGUGCUUGUAAUGUAUAAUAAUGUCAUGAGAUGGUAGAUUCUGAUAUGCCUUUAUUUAA